AUGACAAAAUUGUUUUUUAAUUAUGUAUUUAUAAUAUUUUUGUUGUAUUUUGUUUUUGUGAAAAGUGAAGAUGACGUAAGCAAUACAUUUUUUAAAUUUGAUAAUUGUGAAGCUACAUCUACAUUUCCAAGUAUUGGAGAAAAUGGAUUGCCUCAGUAUGCAGCUGAAAAUGCUAUAACAAAAGGUUCAGGAUAUUGGUGUUCAGAGGGAAAACAUAAUGCUAAUGAUAUUGUUUCGUGGAUAGGUCAUUUAAAAAAUGUCAGAUCACUUAAUGGGAUUAUAAUACAUUGGGCUUAUUCACCUGGGGAGGUUUCUGUUUUAGCUAGUUACGAUAGCAAUGAGCCAUAUGAAGAAAUAGUUCCAUACCAAGUUAUUGAGUCUAGAGUUGGAAAUGUUGUUCAAAAUAUCAUAUUUAACCAUGUAAUUAGAGCAAAGUCUAUUAAAUUAAAUAUGAGACAUGCAUUACAUGAAUAUUUUGGUAUUAAUUUUGUGAAUGUAUUAGGAUCCAAAGAUCCAACGUUGAGAAUACAAAGUGGAAUGACUAGUUUAACACAAGAUUUAUGUUUACAAAUAGAUGAAACAAAUGAAUUAGUUUUAGAUGGGUGUAUUAAUUCUAUUUCCUACUUAGAUGGUAGAGAUUUAUGGAAGUUAAAUGCAAAAAAUCAAAUUUAUAAUCCAAUUAAUAAUUUAUGCAUAACUUUAAAAGAUAAUUUAACGGCUAAUGGAGGUAAAAUUAUACUUGAAGAUUGUAAUGCUAGCUUAGAGCAUAAUGAUGGACGUAGUAAUUGGCAGCUAUUACCAAAUAAUCAAUUAAAAAUUUUAAGAAAUGGAAAUUUUUGUCUAUCACAGGAUGGCUCUAAAUCAGGUAGUUUAGAUGUUGCACUUCACAAAGAAGCUACUUCCACUUUAUCAAGGCAAGAUAAGAAAUUUUCUCCAGAUAAAGCUGUAGAUGGAAACUUAGAUACAUUUUGGGCUUCCCAAGGUUUUAACAUUGAUACAACCCCUGAUUCUGUUUACUUUGAUGUGAAUCUAGGAAGCAAAUAUAAACUACAAAAGGUAAUAAUUGACUGGAAGUAUCCAGCUACAAAGUAUUCUAUAUUUUUGAGUAAUGAUGGAGAAAACUAUGAGGAAGUAAGUAGCAACUUAGCUAAUUUUUUAAGAAGUACUAUAAACAAUUUACAUAACACAGAAGCUCAAUUUAUUAAAUUAAAACUUAUAACACCUAACCCAGAAUUUUCCGAAGAAGACGAAUUAUUUUAUGGAAUUAAAAAAUUUUCAGUAUAUUCUAAUAGAAUUAAAUCAAUUGUAGAUGAUUGUGAUAAAAUAAAAGAUUCAGAUGAUGCUAGAGAUAAGUACUUUUUUGAAUUCGUGUCCGAAGUACUUAUGCAGGAAGGUUUAGAAUUAAAAAGAUUAGAUAAAGAGUUACAACAGUUUGCCGAAAAAAUACAAAAUGAAGCAUUAAAAAUUCAAAAACUGAACCCUCAACUGAAGAAAUGCAAAACAGAAAAGGAAAAGAGGAAUAGUGAUAUAAGUAAUAUAAAAAACAUUAUUCUUAAAAAUAUUUAUGAUGUAAUUAAUCAAACUCAGAACAUAGUCAAUAUCAAUUCUUUAAGUACUUAUUAUUCUACUUCAACAAAAGAAUUAGGACAAACACCAGAAAAUCCAGCAGACAACUGCUUUCAUUUAAAAAAAACAUUACCUAGUUCACCAUCAGGUUUUUAUUAUGUUCUACCAUCAUGCUCCCAGCGUGUUUUGAGAGUAUUUUGUGAUAUGAAAAUAGGAGGUACUUACUAUGUCCCUCCCAUAGAUACUAAUUUAAUUAAAGAAUUAAAGGAUGUGGAAAAUGUGUGUGCAACAUAUGGUUUAUAUCCUAUUCAUUUACACCAUGAAAAUCAAAUGAAUUCUUUAAAAAAUUUAUUUCAUAUUAUGAAUGUAAAUAUUACUAAUCCAGUUCCUCUAGCCAUUAGGAGAAAUACAGAAGCCUUUUUUUCCUUAGAUUUUCAAGAAAAUGUAAAUGAUAUUGUAUCAAAAUUUGGGAAUCCCACAGGAAAUACAUUUGGUGUAAAUAGUGAAGGGGUUGCCUUUUUUGAUUCAUCUAAUUCUGAAAUGUCUGCAUUUGUUUGUUCUGACAAUAUUGAUUCCAUUAAUGUACCUGAACAGUUUGUGAAUUUAAACUGUAAAACUACUUUAAAGGAAUCUAAUGAAAUUAAUAAAAUUGUUGGCAGUGAAUAUUUAAUCAAAUGUCCUCAUGAUUGUUUAGAAAGAGAUACUGAAGCAACUGUAAUUGGAGGAGAAGGAAAUAUAUAUUCUGAAGAUAGCUCUAUUUGUUUAUCAGCUAUUCAUGCAGGUGCUUAUGAUAAGCAUUUUUUAAUUCAUCUAAGAAUUGUAAAUGCUCUAAAUGAAUUUGAAGGAGUUUUCCAAAAUGGCAUAAUAUCUGAAAGUUAUGUAAAUAAUAAUCAAGAAAUUGCUUUUAAGCUGUUUAAUGUUACUCCCAAAUGUCCUAAUCCCUCAUACACGCAUGAUUUCACUUUUCUUGAAAUUGAUAAUUCUAAGGAUAGUAUAACAGACAAUGAAAAUAUUUAUGUUGAUCCAUCAACAGCCGAUGCGAUAAAUGAUUUGAUUACCAUUGUAAAUAAACAAGUUGGGAGUACGGAUCCAACAUUUUUAGCAUUAAUAAACAAACAAGUCAUAAAAAUAGUUUCUAAUGCAAGAAGAUAUUUAAAACCAACAGAGCAUUUUGAAAAAAACAUAGAAUUAUUGUCUAAUGAAACAUUAAAAGAUGUACAGAAAGUAUCUCAUUUGAUAAAAUUGUUAUCGUCAAAAAUUACAUCUGAGUUAGAAAAAAGAAAGUAUAAAUUAGAAGCAUUAGUAGAUGAAAGACUAAGGCAAAAAGAAUUUGAAUCUUGGAAAUUAGGAAACACGGAAAAUAUAUAUGAUACAUUAGAAAUAAUAAAUUCAGUGCAGUUACAGAAAGAAGGAAAAUGGAAAAUAAUGGAUAACCCUUUAGAAGAAGGUAUAACAGGAACUACGUUGAGCCAAAAUGUACGUGUUUUAAAUUCAGAUGGAAUAAGUAAUUUAUUUAGUGGAACUUACGCUUUUUUAAGAUAUAAAUCUUUUUAUGAUUUUGUAUUUUCAACUUAUAUUUACGUAAAAGGGACAGGAUCCGUUGGAUUAAUUUUCAGAGCAUAUGAUAGAUAUAAUUAUUAUAUGUUUGAAUUAAAUAAUAAUCAAAAUGGAUAUAAAAGAUUAUUAAAAUUUGAAAACAAUGAAGUAACAGAAUUGGCUGUUAUUAACGACGGUGGAUUUGAUGAAGGUAAUUGGCUUGUAGUAAGAAUAGAAUGCCGGGGAUCGAAAAUAAAAAUUACUACUAUUAAAACAAAUAAACCAAUUUAUGAAUUACCAAAUCCCAAUAUAAUAGUAAGUGAUGAUUUUAACUCAGCAGGUACUAUUGGUUUUUACACUUACGGAGUGGAUAAUGCCCAAUUUACAAAACCAGUUGUUGAAUCUGCUGAAUGUUUAGCAAAAGAAGUGAUAUCUAAUAAUGUUUCCCCUUUAAGUUGUAAUAUAUAUGAAGAAUUUUUUAUUGGAAAAUUUAACAAAUCAUAUACAGUAUUUGAUCCAGAAAAUGCAGUCGAUGGGCCAUCGAAUUGGAGCUAUUUUAAUAACAUAGGAAAUGAAAAACAUGUAAUAUUACAAAAAUCUAAUAUUAGAGGAGGUUCAGAUAAUGAGAUACCCUCUUUUAUCAUUUUACAAAAGAAAAUUUGUCAAGCGGGAAUAUUAAGAUUUUCUAUUUAUCCUGAAUGUACCAAUGGUAUUGUAGGUGCUAUAUUUAAAUUUUUAGAUUCCAAUAAUUAUACUAUAUUAGAAAUAGGUUCUACCUUUACUCGUUUAAGGCAAAAUAUCAAUGGAAAAUUUCAAACAUUAGCUAAAUCAAUUAUUUCUGCAUAUAAAGAGAGUGUAUGGAAUCGUGUAACUAUAUCGUUUAGUAUCAAUAGUAUCAAUGUCAAUAUGGGUAGUGGCUUGAUGACAUACCCAAUUUUUAGUUUAAUAGGAUUAAAUUUACAAAGUGGAGAAAAAUUCGGUUUUACAUCUUAUAAUUGUAACAAUGUGGCAUUUAGUAAUAUUUUCCUUCAUCCUUUAGAUUUUAAACCCUAUAGUCCUACCCCACCUUUAGCUUCUGAAAACAUGAUUCCUAUAUUUUCAAAAAUAGGAGAAGAUACAAUAAAAGAAGAGAUAAAUAAAGAAAUAAAUAAUAAAGAGAAAGAAGAAAUGGAUGAAACAAAAAAAGAGACAGAAAUUGAUAGGCAUUCAUUUGAUGAAUCCAAUAAAGAUAUUAAAAGAGAUAUAUAUUAUUGUGCUACUCAUAAAAAUAUCAUUGAUAGAUUGGCUUAUUGUGAUCAAUAUCAUAAAGAGAAUCUUAAUUGUAAUAAUGAAUUUUGCAAAACUUGUUGUGCAAACAUAGAUUCAGAAAAUGAUGAAGAUACCAAAACAUGUGAGAAAUUAUGUCAAAAGUUGGAUGAAAAAGUACUUCAAACAUCAGAAAUUUUUUAUUUUCUUAAAAAGUCAUGUAUUGAAUCUUCUAAUGAAGAAUUAAAAAGUUCAUGUGAAAAUGAUAGUAAUAAAGAGGAAUGUCUAACAGAAAUGUGUCAAAUGUGUUGCCAGUCAGUUACUAUACCGCCAGAACUAAUUACUAAUGAUUUAAAUAUUAAUUCUUUAAUAAAUCAGUGCAUAUCACUAUGUGAAUAA